AUGGAAGAGUCCGCUGGCGCUUCUGUCCUCUCCAACCCUCUUCUUAUGUCUUGUAUUCUCCCGCGCAUCGAAACUGCGCAGGCUAUCUCCGUUUUACUCUGCACCUCUCGAUCUGUCAGAUCGGCGACGCAAAUUGCUCUCCCGACAGCUUCGCCUACCAAACUUUCAUUCGCCAACCUAUCAAAGUUGAAGGUGAAGGAUUUGAGGAGGCUUGGGCUAACGAAAUGGACGAGAGGAUUAACAUACCUUGAUGUUAGUGGGACUGGCAUAACGAUUCAGUUUGUCAGGGAUGUCAUAUUGAUGGUACCGUACCUGGAACGACUUGUUAUUAGGGGAUGCACGAAGGUGAACUCGGCAGCACUUUCGGCCUUCCUGGGAAAGUUUACGUAUCGCUUCCCACCCGGUCGACCAGAUCCACCCGCAUCUUCAGCAAAACAUCCACAUAUGAAGCGGCUGACAUCGUCCCUGCAAAGACUAGAUUGCGCGGAUAUUGAUGGUUUUUAUGUGGACGAAACACAGUUUGCGGGAAAGUCCCAGUUCUACUACAAGCAAAAGACGCCCUAUCUGUCCACAUACCACGGACUACUGGCACAAAUGGUACGGUUAGACAUAGGGUUCGAUGUGAUGGCUUGCUUGGGGCACAGACAGGGAUGUCGUAACGGAAAUCGGCGGUUCAAUGAACCCUGGAAUGGCAUCAGCCGUUUGGCGAGUUACAAAGACGAUUUCCAGAGAGUAUGUAAGGAGGGAUUGGGGUUGAACAUCUGGGAUCUUGAUGUGCAUAUGAUGCCUUUAUGUGAUGAGUGUGCUGCGGAUUGGUCGGCAGGAAUCCAAAGGUGUGUGUCCUGUGAGAAUGAGCCAUGGUAG